CCAAUGGGCCACCUUCUCCUAGCGAGUUGACUCCAAGUAACCUCCUUUUUCCAGCCCGCCACCAAACCUCUCCCUCUCUGAAAUCGAUUGAUGCCGCCGAAUCGCCGUCCUGUCUCCAUUCCCGUCGCCGCCAAACUUGUCUCCUCCUCCCGCCGACGGUCGAUCUAGUCUCGCAGUCGUCGGCCGCCCUCCCCCUGCUACUCCUCUGCUCUGCACCUCCAAGUCCCCACCUCCUCGCUGACGGCCGACGUUCGAAUCCAGUCCCGCGCCGCCCUCCCCUGCUACUCUGCUCCGCGCCUCCAGUCCCGCCGCCUUCCUCCUUCUCCUCUGCUCCGCGCGUAGUCUCCACAACCCGCCAACGUCGACGGUCCAAUCCCGCCGCCCUCCUCCUGCUUCCUCUCCUCCGACCCUUCCCCUGGUGGUGGAUGUAAGUGAUGUUGAUGGUGGAUGUAGUAAUUGAAAUUGCAUAAACGAGCUGUUGAUUGAGUUGUUGAUUGUGGUUUUGGACUAAAUCUCUCUUGCAUUUUUCAUUUAGUUAGGCUGUUGUUUUUAGGGUGCAGUUUAGGUGCCAUAAUUCUAUGUUUGUUUCAAUGAAAUCAUAUAUGUCCGUUCGAUGCCAUUUUUUUUUAAAUCCAUUCUGCUUGUUGCAGAUAAAUGGCUCAAUACGAUUUCAAGAAGAUCACUGUCGUCCCAAGUGGGAACGACUUGAUCGACAUCGUUCUCUCUCGCACUCAGCGCCAGACCCCUACGGUGAUCCACAAGGGGAAUGCAAUUUCGCGCGUCCGCCAGUUCUACAUGCGAAAGGAUCACUACAAACUCGCACUUGGGCAGCUCAACACAGCGAGAAAUCUCAUCAAGAGGAUACGAGAAGACUAUGUGAAGCUCUUGAAAUAUGGCGACUCCCUCUACCGGUGCAAGUCAUUGAAGCGUGCUGCACUUGGCAGAAUGUGUACUGUGACCAAGCGUAUUGGGCCGAGCUUGGCGUACCUCGAACAUGUCAGACAGCACAUGGCGAGGCUUCCCUCGAUCAACACGGGCGCUCCAACGAUCUUGAUUUGUGGGUGCCCCAAUGUUGGGAAGAGCUCUUUCUUGAACAAGAUCACCAGGGCUGAUGUGGAGGUCCAGCCAUAUGCUUUCACAACGAAAUCGCUCUUUGUGGGGCAUACGGACUACAAGUACCUGAGGUAUCAGGUGAUUGAUACACCGGGGCUCUUGGACAGGCCUCUUGAGGAUAGGAACAUCAUCGAGACGUGCAGCGUUACAGCUCUCGUGAAUCUCCAUGCUGCUAUCUUGUUCUUCUUGGACCUAUCGGGCUCGUGUGGCUACAGCAUCUCUCAACAAGCAGCAUUAUUCCACAGCAUCAAGAUGAUGUUCAGGAACAACCCUGUGCUCAUUGUCUGCAACAAAACAGAUUUGCAGACUCUGGAAGGACUGAGUGGAGAAGACCUGAAGCUUGUCAUGGAGAUGAAAUCCGCAGCACUGAAGACUAUCCCUGGUCAAGGAGGUGAAGCUGCUAAUGACCAGGAUGUGCUCCUGACCAUGAGCACGAUAACCGAUGAAGGCGUGAUGGCAGUAAAGAAUGCAGCUUGCCAGAGGCUGCUGGAUCAGCGAUCGGAGCGUAAGAUGAAAUCCAAGAAGAUGCCUACCGUGUUGAAUCGCUUCCAUGUAGCAAUGCCAAAGCCGCGUGACCAAAAGGAGAGGCCAGUCUGCAUACCCCAAGCAGUUUUGGAAGCCAGAGCAGAAGAGGCAGCACACGAGGAGAGAAAAACCGAGAAGGAUAUCGAAAAUGAGAAUGGUGGUGCUGGUGUGUACUCUGCCAGCUUGAGGAAGCACUACAUUCUAGCGGAUGACGAUUGGAAGCUGGACAUAUUGCCCGAGUUCCUCGAUGGCCAUAAUGUGUAUGAUUUCAUUGAUCCGGAUAUCUUGCAGAGGGUUGAGGAGCUGGAACGUGAAGAAACAGCAGUAGAGGAAGAUGGUGGUGACUUUGAGAUGGAGGAUGAAGAUUUUACUGCCGAGGCUGAAAAAGACCUGCAAGAAAUCAGGAAGGGGAAGAAGCUGUUGAUCCAAAAGCAUAGGAUCAAGAAGAGCACUGCAGAAAGUCGGCCAACUGUGCCUAGGAAAUUUGACAAGGACAGGAAGUUCACUAGUGAGAGAAUGGGAAGGCAGCUGUCAAGCUUGGGGAUCGAUCCUUCUCGUGCUAUCGAACGUGCUAGGAGCAGGUCUGUCUCCAGGAAAGGAAGGAAGAGAGAGAGGUCUGUUGGUGGGGAUGGUGAGGAUGAAAUGGAGAUCGAUGGUGGUUUGGAUAACAAGAAGAAGCUGAGGCUGAGAUCGAGGUCGAGAUCAGUGUUGUCUCAGCGGCCUCUUGGGGAGGUUGUACCUGGAGAAGGGUUCAAGGACUCUGCUCAGAAGAUGAAAGCUGUUACAAUGGCCAGGAAUGCUACCAAGAAGAGGAACAAGGAUGCUCGGCGUGGUGAGGCAGAUAGAGUUAUCCCGACGCUUAGACCGAAGCACCUGUUCUCUGGGAAGCGCUCCAUCGGGAAAACAGAUCGAAGAUAAUAGGCAUUUAGAGGUUUGCAGGCUGCACAUUCUAGUUCCUACAAUGUUUUCUUCUUCUAUCUGGUUAGCUUUUAUGUUGCUGUUUUCUCUUGACCGAUGAUAUAUGUGCAUGGCUUUUCUAAUCUUGCAGGAAGGGUAUUCGGCUUGCUGUUUGAGUUUGACUAUCAUUUUGCUGCUGAUUCUGGCCUGGCGUUAUUAGGUGGUAUAGAGGUGCUUUAUUCAUUUUGUGUUCUCUUUUCUGCUGAGAAAUUGUUCUGGGAGUGAGGCUCUAUCUAUUUAGAUUAGACAUGGUCCUGUUGGUAUUACGGUAAAACUUUAUGGGGAGCAGGGGAGAUUUUGGGUAAACUAUGUUCUCUGAAUUAAAGAAUUGUUCGUGGGUUAUGUUAUGAAGUCGUUUUCUGUUUCACCGUGGGUUAAUUUAGUGAUGGCAAUUUCAACCCGCCUCGCGGGUAUUACCCGACCUGAUCCGCAAUAGGGUGGGUAUUACCCGACCCGCAGUAGCGUGAGACGGGGCAUGGGUAUCUACUUUCGACCCGGCCUGCCCCGCCAGCCCUAUUCUAGAGUCAUUUUAUCUCAAUUUCUUACAAUAUCUAUACAUAUUUCUCCUAUUUUAACUUUUCUUCAACUAGUUAAGAGUCGAUCUUUCAACUUGUUAGACUCAGUUAUCCAUUCUAUUAUCAAUAUUUUUCAUUCUUAAAAUAAUUUUUCCCUACGUUUUAUUGUAAAAAGUAAAAUUUACUUGUAUUUUUUUUAAAUUUUUGAAUAUGUAAGAGUGAAUCGAUCCACCCGCCACAUAGUAAUGUGUGACAAAGCAUGAGAAUUGAGGUACCCGCACGCUCCAUUGCCAUUACUUAUGUUAUGAAGUCGUUCUUCUGUUUACCCACCGGUCCGACGAUAAGUCAAACAAGUAGAUUGAAAUCGCCUUCCCGAGAAGGUUUGACAUUACAAUCAGGCAAACAAAAUGGUUGUCAAUAUAUCAUCAAAAUAUACAGGAACAAUCCAA